UUAGCUCCUUUUAGAGUAAAGUAGUAUUACAGUGUGUCAACUGGUCAGGGGUUUUUAUUCCCAGCAGAUGCAUCUAUUAAUAAAAAAGUAGCUCUUAGUACUUUAAGUCUCUUUGGUUAAAAGUGUCUGCAUGGAUGUAAAUGUAAUUGUGUCUGUUCUCAGAUCAGCAUCCACUGCUGCUGAGGCCUCAGGAAACAACAGAACUGACAGCUGCAGGACAUAUUUAUUUAUUCAGAUGGAGUUCUGUGAGGCAGGAACACUGACUGAUUGGAUAAAGGCGAGAAAUCAGAUGGAAAAACAGAGAAGCAUAGUGGAAAUCCAUAAAAUAUUUUAUGAGAUCAUCACUGGAGUGGAAUACAUCCACGCAGAGAAGCUCAUCCACAGAGAUUUAAAGCCUGAUAACAUUCUGUUCGGUGCUGAUGGCAAAGUGAAGAUCGGAGACUUCGGGCUGGUGGCGGCUCAGACCGAUCAAAAAGGUGACCCUAUAGAGAGGUCAAACAGAGGAACACCAACUUACAUGAGUCCUGAACAGAAAAGUAAGAAGAAUUAUGAUGAAAAAACAGACAUUUUCCUUGGACUCGUAUGGUUUGAGAUGCUCUGGAAAAUAUCUACUGGUAGUGAAAGAGUAAAGCUGUGGCCAGAUCUGAAAGGUCAAAGGUUUCCAGAAGGGUUCAGUGACAGUUAUCAAACUGAGAGUAAAUUCAUCACGAAGAUGCUGUCGUAUUCACCAGAGCACAGACCACAUGCAAAAGACAUAAAAGAAAAACUGGAGAAGUUUUUCUCUCUGGAUCAGAAUCUGUUAAGCCAGAAAACCAUCUGAGAUUUGUGUGUAUAGAAACUGUCUCAGCAGUUUGAUUGGGUCCUUUCAGAAUAAUGAAUUACCUUUAAUUGAUUUAUUCAUGAUAUAAUGAACUAUUUAAUGUUCUCUGAUUAAGGUGAUAAGAUAAAAUGUGGAAAAUUUGGAGAGUGAUUUUUAAAAAUUAUUAAUAAUAAGAUUUCUUCUAGUAUAUUUGAAAUAUUUUAAAAGUUUCAAAACUUCAGUCUCAUUCCGUUUUCAUCAUAAAAAUACAUGAUAUUGAUGUUGUGAGGCUACUUUUAGAAAUCCCAACAUGAAUGUAAUUUCACAACGUUAUUGUAAUGUUAGCUGCAUAAAAUGAACAUGGAUUUACAUCUUAAAUUUAAUUGCAACUGAAAGAUGAUCAAAGUUGCAGUUACAACCGAAAUGCAAUAUUAUAACAUUUUGUGCUUGCUGGGACGAUUGCUGAAAGUCGACAUUCUUGACAAAUAUACUGUUUAUGCUGGGUGGAAUAAAAAAAGAAAAAAGAAAAUGUGUCAUUAAUAUCAACAUCAUGUGUUCUGACAUUGGAUAAUAAACUCACAAUUUGUAAGAAAUUGUUACUUUAUGACAAAAAAACAACCAUGGAUUUAUAUUUGAAUUGUAUUUCAAUUCUUUAAUUUGGAAGGAUGUUACCAUUUUGCCUUGUAAAAUUAAAUAUUGUAAGUUUAUCAAUAAAAUCUGAAAAAAUUG